UGCCCUAUCAUCAGCUCACAUUUCAAGGAGCUGAUAGUUGUCCAAGUCACAAGUGAGAUAGCUGCUGCUGUUAAAUUGUAACUAGUGGAAGACACCGGCAGCUCCUGUGCAGAGCAUUAUACGGGGAGAGCCCUCACCCAGUGCCUGAGUGACCUUCUAACAAGAACGUGAAAUGUGCUAUGGAACUAGUUUCAGGGGAAGAUGAAUAUCUGUGCCAGAGACAAAAGUAUUGUGUGGACCGGCCCAUAUACACACAGGAAUAUUUGCAAGAACAUUUACAUUUGAGGAAGAAAGAGCCAACGUCAUUUCUCCAUAAAGUGGCCCAAUCUUGCCGAUGUACUGCCAAAAAAGCCAAAUCUCAACUAUGCAGCUUUCUUCCUAUUUUGAAAUGGCUCCCACGUUAUCCUGUAAAGGAGUACCUUGUAGGAGACAUAGUGUCAGGACUGAGUACAGGAGUCAUGCAGUUACCUCAAGGUUUAGCCUAUGCCUUGCUGGCAGCAGUGCCACCUGUGUUUGGGUUAUAUUCUUCAUUCUACCCAGUGUUCUUAUACACGUUCUUUGGUACAUCAAGACACAUAUCAAUAGGUACAUUUGCUGUAAUCAGUCUGAUGAUUGGGGGAGUUGCGAUUCGAUUAGCCCCAGAUGAAAAGUUCGAUAUAGUAGAAGCCAAUAUCACAAACAGCACAGAGUUGUUACAGAACAUUGAAGCAAGAGAUGCAAUGCGAGUGAAAGUAGCUGUGGCCAUCACAUUACUUUGUGGUCUAAUACAGAUGUGCCUAGGCAUACUUAGAUUUGGCUUUGUAGCCAUCUACCUGACUGAACCUUUGGUACGAGGAUUCACAACAGCAGCAGCAGUUCAUGUCUUCGCCUCUCAGCUGAAAUACCUCUUGGGAAUUAAAACUAAAAAAAGAUACAGCGGAUUUCUAGCGGUGAUAUAUAGUUUAUUUGCGGUAUUGUCCAAUAUUACAGCAACCAAUAUUGCCACCCUGAUUGUCGGCAUUAUAUGCACUGUCUUACUGCUGGGGGCCAAGGAAAUCAAUGACCGAUUUAAAAAGAAAUUGCCAGUUCCAAUUCCCAUGGAAAUAAUUGUUGUAAUAAUCUCCACUGGAGUUUCAGCUGCACUUAACCUAAAAAAGUCCUAUGAAGUAGAUGUGGUGGGCAGUAUCCCAACUGGGUUUCGUUCCCCAGAUUUCCCAGAUGUUAGCAUCUUCUCUGCAGUUUUUGUGGAUGCAGUGGCUAUAGCAAUUGUUGGAUUUUCCAUGACCAUUUCAAUGGCCAAAACAUUUGCACUUAAACAUGGAUAUGCAGUUAGUGGAAAUCAGGAACUCAUUGCGCUAGGAUUGUGUAAUUCUGUGGGCUCUUUUUUUCAUACAUUUGUGGUGACUUGCUCAAUGUCCCGUAGUUUGGUCCAGGAGAGCACCGGGGGUAACACACAGAUUGCAGGUCUGUUGUCCUCUUUUUUGGUGCUGUUGGUCAUAUUGUUCAUUGGAUACCUCUUUGAACCAUUGCCCCAGACAGUUUUAGCAGCUAUAGUGAUGGUGAACCUAAAAGGAAUGUUCAAGCAGUUUGCAGAUAUCCCACAUUUAUGGAGAACAAGCAGGCUAGAACUGGCAAUUUGGGUGGUGUCAUUUUUGGCCUCAGUUUCCCUUGGUCUUGACUACGGUCUGCUUGUUGCAGUGGCAUUUGCCAUGAUAACAGUCAUCUACCGCACACAAAGUUCAAAGUACAGAAUUCUUGGACAGGUUCCAAAUACGGAUAUCUAUUGUGAUAUAGAAGAGUAUGAAGAGAUUAAAGAAUAUCCUGGGAUAAAGAUAUUCCAAGCCAACACUUCUUUGUACUUUGCCAACAGCGAUCUCUAUGUCUCUGCCCUGAGGAAAAAGACUGGAAUUGACCCUGGUGCAAUAUUAAUUGCAAAGAAAAAGGCCCAGAAGAGACAUGCCAAAGAAGUGAAAAAAUCGACUAAAAAUCAAAGAAGAGCCGUUCUAAAGCUUACUAACGAUGUGGAGAUGGCUGUGAAACAUGAAUUAAUAAAUGAUGAUUCAGCCACAGACUCAGGAAAUGUGAAAAAUGGGUCAGCGGACAGAAAUCUGCAUAGUUCACCUUCUGAAGAGUUAGAGUAUUUCAUGAGUCCAGUCAUCAACACCCAUACAGUAAUUCUGGACUUCACACCUGUCAACUUUAUAGAUUCUGUCGGAGUGAAAACGCUAAAAUCUCUAAUCAAAGAAUACAAGGAAAUUGGUGUUGACAUCCUCUUAUCUGGUUGUAAUGGACUGGUUGUACAAGACUUGAGCAAGCUGAAUUUCUUUGACAAGUCUAUAAGAAGAGAUAUCCUGUUCCACAGUAUUCAUGAUGCUGUGAUCCACUGCAGAUUUCUAGCAUCCUCAUUGGCUCUUGCCUCUUCUGAAGAGCAGGUCCUCAGCUCAGAGACACCAAGCCAGAUCUGAUCUUUCCUUUCACCAAAGGAGAAUGGUGCAAUAACUCUUUUCAGAUGUUGCCUCUGAUUUCGAUCCACACAUGCAGAAUUGAGAUAGAACAAAACCCUGCAUUUUCCUACACAUACAUAGAACCUCCCUUAGUUUGUUACAGUGCUCUCAGCCUAUCCUCUUUAGGCUUAUGCGCAAUGAAACAUACAUUGAAUAAUUGUGAGAGAUUAGGUAAUCUGAGUCUGGAGAAUUUAUUGUAAAUGCUUUAAUCAGUGCAUAGGCUUUCAAGUUAGGUGUGGAAAUAGCCUUUUUCUUGCUUUAUAGUU